AUGCUCUCCCUGCGAAGUCAGAUUUCGACUACUUCUUCCGACGCACAGCGUCAUACUGCUGCCCAAUCUCGGAGCGAGCCCACGUUUCGAAAAAUCGGUGCUGGCGCUUGCGGUGCUGUCUUUGGGCAAGAUGGUAAAUCCAUUGUCAUCAAAUUAGCCAAGACAGACGAUGAGCUGUCACUCUGGAAUGAUUACCACAAGCACACCUCCAUCGCAGAGCAGUUUCGCAAAUGGGAAUUCAAGGAUGUCAGAAUCCCAGAAUGCUACUACUUUGUUCCAAAGGAUGACCCUCACUAUUUCCGCCAGAAUCCAGAGCUAGCUCAGGCAGCUAGAGAAGUAUGCCAUCUCCCUACCAGCGCCCUAGUCACCGAGCGCAUCCUGCCACUCCCAAAGGAUACUCGCAUUCACUUGAUUGAGAAGUACUGUGCGCCACGAAUCAAAGCGGCUGCUCUUGGAGAUGAGGCGAACAAGGAUUGUUUGGUGAGAGUGUAUCUUGGUUCAAUGCAAGGCAAAAGCGGAGGAAUGUUCUUCUCUCUGCGAAAUUUCAAGAUGCACCUCAACCAGAUCGUGGACCUCCAGUUGGACGUCACGGCAAUGGCUGGUAGGAUGGGCAUUGCCAUGGCGAUUAUGCAUUGGGCCGCCAAAACAGACGCACGCGAUAUCGAAUUUGUUCUCGGCAGCUCUUCUAGCAAGGCCACAGCUCAACUGAGUGCACAAGAUAUUGCAAGGCUUCCAGGCCCAGUAUACACCGGUCCACACUCAUACGUCAACGAGGAUUUCUUUUCUCGAAUUACCGAUCUCUGGGUCCUGGAUUUCAACCAAGUUCAGCCCAUCACAAUGGAUGAAGCUGGCGUUGCAAAGGCCAUUGAAGCGGCCAAGGUCAACGAUCCAUAUCUUCCAAAGCCUCUUGGAGCGUCUCAAAUCGAGAAGCAAGCCUGGAAUACUUUCGCUUCCAACUACAUCACUGCGGCCGACGCCAUUCUUGGAGACGAAGGCGACCAGAAUUUGAUGAUAUUGCCACGAAUGUUUAUUCGUGGGCUUAUCGAUUUGCAGGAAAGAAAGAAGUAG